GGGGGAGCAAACACAACGUCAGAGACGCUAAGGUAGCUGGCAAACCCCAGACACAAGCAAACCCUCCACCGCAUUCUUCGCGCGCCAAAUCACCAGGUAGUUUAAAUCGCGCGCCGCGCCCACACCUAUACAUAUACCGCCCUACGUCACGCACACUUUGGAAGAACCCAACCCUCAUCACCAUUAUGUCGGCCAUAGGCACCUGGAACAGCACCUCGGCUGCGUCCACUUUGACGCGCAACAGCGAAAAGUACGGCCUCGACGACAAGGACACCAGCAGCAUUCUAGUCUACAAGUACCGCGGCUCCCUGGGCGUCUCCUCCAAAGAGGAGCUGGCAAAGAGCUUGGACAAAGACCCGAACCUGCGCCUGACGCGCAAGAGGAUUCCCCGUGGGGACAGCCGGGUGGAGGUAAAGCGCGAGGACCUCUACAACGCGGCCGAGAAGAGCGAGUACGCCGAGUACCCCAAUAGCAAGUCGGGCAUUGCCAGCGUAUGCCUGCCGCGCAUCGUGUGGUUCAAGCGCCUGCUGUUCAACCAGUACGAGGACCUGUACAUUGUCUCGCCCGAGACGACGCCGGCCAACUCGCUGAACGGCUCGCCCGAGUCGUCGCAGCACUGCUCGCCCAACAACACCUUGGAGCGGGCUCAUGUCGCCGCCCCGCAUCCGCACCACACCCCGGUUGACGACUAGAUGCUGGCCGUUGCUGGGUCACCACCGUAGUACGGCAACGUCGUCACUGAGACCUUCCUUCUCUUGACAUGUAUUGAUGAUCUCUGAUACCCUUCUGUCAUUUUCCUUGAUGAUGAUUGUAGAGUGUGCGGUUUGGCGUUGAAGGAUUUGAAAUUGCUGCGAGCAGCCGCGGGUCUGCUUUCUUUUCUCGGCGUCGAUGAGCGUCACGCAGACAAGAGUCAUCCCCAAUGAUAGCUAUGGGGCACGAUCAUGACGCAAAAUAGAAUUUCUCCGCACCACGCA